AUGGGAGGCACAACUGCGUCCAGGGCCCGCAGAGCUGCUAAGGCGUGUGCGUUUUGCAAGCAGAGGAAGUUGCGCUGCGAUAACGAGAAGCCGACUUGCUCGAGUUGCAAAGGGCAUGGAAAAGAAUGCGUCUACAUAACGGGCCCGGAAAAGCCAAGGCCGUCCAAGGCACGCCUUUCUCGUUUAGAGGCAGAGAACUAUCAGCUGCACCAGCGACUGGCUGCCAUUGAGGCUCAGUCGGAAGAAGGAAGUAGAUCCGCGGAAGCCAGUGAGGAUCAGCCGCAAAUUGAAAUGCAAGAAUCGUCCGUCGAGGAGGUCGUAAGACGAUCAGAAGCUGAUCAGAGUCGGUCUGCUGUAUCGCGAAUAUUUAUUUCUGCCAAUGGCGAUUCGAGCUAUCAUGGGCUCACGAGCACUUUAUUUGACGAUGCGCCGAUGGACAGACGCAGCCAGAUGCGGCUGACCGAUCCUCAGGUCCCCGUGGAGCAUAUUAAAAAGCGGUUGAUGGGGGAAGCCGCUUAUCAGCGGCAAUUGGAGAUAAUGAACAUGCGGGAGGGCAAGCUGGACUUUGAUGGAGUCGACCCAGAGCUAGGCAUGCACUUACUGUCGUUGCAUUGGAACCGCCAGCACCACUCUUUCUUGAUCACCUAUCGCCCAGCUUUUAUGCGUGAUAUGGCCAAUAAUGGGCCUCACUUUUCUAAGCUCCUCUUGAAUGCAAUAUACUUUGGAGCUUCGAAGUUCAGUAAUCGACCCGAGGUACGUCGAGACCCAAACGAUGCCCGGACAGCGGGAUGGAUUUUUCGCAUGAGAGUCAAAGAACUCCUCGGAAGUGCUCUCGAUCGCAGUGAGAUCACUACAAUACAGGCACUGCUAGUAAUGACCAGCUCCCUAUUUGCUCUAGGUGAUGAACGAAGUGCGGCGUGGUUAUAUGCCGGUACAGCCUUUCGAAUGAUUAUUGACUUGGGAAUGCACGUGGAUGCCACGAUGCUGAGAAACAUGCGUCAACUUUCGGAUGAAGAUCUGGAAAUACGCCGUCGUGUAUUCUGGGGAGCAUUUGUGGUCGAUAAGGUCCAAGCGCUAUAUCAGGGCCGGCCUGCAAGCCUGCAGGACUUUGAUACAAAAGUUUCAUUGUCUUUUCUAGAUCAUUUUGAAGAGCUGGAAAAUUGGCAGCCAUUUGCAUACUCAGAUGUGCAGUCGUAUCUUGGAUCUCCCGCUUAUAGUGUGUCUACGUUCGCCGAGCUAUGUAAACUUUCUUUGAUCCUGAAUGGUAUUUUGAACAAAGUUUACUCGGAAAGAAGCUCAAAUCAAUCGCCACAUGAGCUUCUUGCUGCUUUGGCCACGUUGAAUACACAACUACACAGCUGGCAGUGUGGACUUCCUGGUCAUCUUCAAUUCAGCAAUAAUGCAACCCAGGCCACGCCACCACCCCAUGUUCUCUCACUUCUAUCCUUAUAUAACGUUUUAUUAAUUAUCCUGCACCGACCUUUUGUCGCCGAGGGGCAUCUUCACACUACAGACCCAUCGGUAGCAGUCAGCUCCUUCACCACUUGCACGGUGGCUGCAAACCGCAUUAUCCAUCUUCUUCGAGCUUAUGACCACGCAUUCUCAAUCAGGCGAGCCCCAUAUCUGAUAUCAUACGCCACAUAUGUCGCGGCGACGAUACACGUCCGCGUGGCGGCGCAAAGAGAGGGUGGAAGUCAGGCUCAUACCAGUCUGCGGACCUGUCUUGACAUAUUUCAAAAGAAUAAGGAGACUAACUAUGCUGUGCGACGAGCUGAAAAUGUAAUACUGCAUUUAAUGGAUCGUAUGGGGGUGGAAUUGAACGACAGCCCUUCGGAACUGAGUGGAUAUGUGCAUAUUGAGGCUGCAGAAAGUACUAUACCACAAUCCAGGGACCCGAGAAAUCUUCAAAAUGACAGGUUACUGGGUCCAACGGCUCCAGCUGCUCUCACUCAAGUUACCCCAGAGAUAGAAGUAUCUGAGUUGGAUAUGGAUAUGAUCAUACAAAGCUUCAUUCGGCAAAAUGGCAAGCCUGCUGAAGCGCAGCAAUUUCACGAGGCCGCUAAUAGCAACUUUCCAGCCUCAGCAACAGUUCCUUUUGGCACACCCGGGGUUUCAGCUCCGGCCAUGUUGCCCGUUCACGAUGAUGCAUUUCCAAUUGAGUACAUUGAUGAAGAUAUGUUAUUCGGGUUCAAUGGGUCACCUAGAAACGGAAUGCCAUAUGAUUGA